CUCAUACACUGAACUCAGGAAGAACAUCACACACACAUGCAUACACACACGGAUGCACACACACACACACACACACACAAAAUGCAUUUUCAUUGGGAUGAAAAGUGACGAAAAACAUCAUCAUCAUCAUCAAUAAAAAAGGGGUACGAUGGCUUUUCGCUGGGGCAGAACCCUGUCAGUCAUGGACAUGAGCGAAGAGGAAAUGAGGCCACUGAUGACGUGCGAGUGCUCGGGAAGUCACAAGUCGAGCUGCGACUCCUUCAUGACCGUGCACUUGUACUACAGCACGACGUCAAAAAGCGAGAGCACGCUCUCCAUCCCUGCAGGACACGUGACGGCCGAGAGCAUCUGCGUACUCGCAGCAAAAAACUGCGGGAUACUCCCUGUGUUCCAGAGUUUAUUCGCUCUGGCAUCAGAAGAUCUGUCAUUCUGGUAUCCACCAACACACAUGUUUAAGAGUGACGAGAGUGUAACUGUGCACUACAGAGUACGGUUCUUCUUCUCAGGAUGGUUUGGUCAGGGUUCCAGAGCAACAUAUCGUUACAGUCUGAGCUCUGGGAGGAUCUGCGCUGUGCUGGAUUACAGCGUCAUUGACUAUCUCUUCGCUCAGUCCCGCAGUGAUUUCGUCUCAAGCUCUGGAGGGGUGUGCCCUUCAGUCAGUGCCAUUCAGGAGUGUUUAGGUUUGGCUGUGCUGGAUCUCUGGAGACAGGCCAAGGAGAAGAACCACAGUGUGAAGGAAGUGUGUAAGACCAUCAGCUACAAGUCGUGCCUGCCUGAGACACACCGAGAAGAAAUUCAGCGAAUGACCCGGCUAGCACGCUAUCAGAUCCGUAAGAACCUGAAACACUUCCUAAAGAAAUUGGGUCGCUGCUCAGCUGGAGAGCGAAGCCUGAAGCUCAAGUACCUGAUGGAGCUGAGUGCAGUGGAACCCAACUACGGCUCUGAGUGCUUCAUCACUUCCUGCUGCAGUGUGAGAAUCUCCGGAGAAGGCGGGAUCAAGACAUGCUCCUCAGAUGGCCAGGAGUGGCAGACAUUUUGCGAUUUCCCACAAAUCAGAGAAAUCAACAUGAAGCGUCUUCAACUUCCUGCUGAGGGACGUGUGGUGACUCUGACCAGACAGGAUGGCAGAUGCUUGAAAGUGGAGUUUGAGGUCCUGGCUGUGGCUCUGUCCUUUGUAUCACUCAUCGACAAUUACUUCAGACUCACCACAGACUCCAGCCACUAUUUCUGCUCUGAAGUGGCUCCACCGAGUCUCCUGCAGGACAUCGACAGUCACUGCCACGGCCCCAUCACGUCAGAGUUUGCAGUGCACAAGCUGAAAAAGGCUGGAGCUAAAAACGGUACUUUCCUUCUUCGGCGCAGCCCCAAGGAGUUUGAUAAGUACUUCCUCAUGGUCUGCUUACAGACUCCACUUGGUAUCGACUAUAAAGACUGUCUGAUCGAGAAGAAUGACAAGUUUCACCUGGCAGGAAUCCACAGCUCUUUCGACAGUUUGAGACAGCUGACAAACUUCUACAAGGGAAACACACUGAUACUGUCCGACAUUCCUGUCAAACUGGGGAAGUGCUGUCCACCUCAAGCUAAAGAACUCUCGAACCUGAUCAUCGUCAGGAACAGCAGUGUGUGUGAGACGCCAAGCUCCCCCACUCAGCACCGACACAGACCCAGUCACAUUCAGUUCCACAUGAUCAAACACGAGGACUUAAUCUGGAAGGAAAGUCUGGGUCAGGGCUCCUUCACAUACAUCUACAGAGGCUGUAAAGUGGACCAGCGGGAUGGAGAGACUCACACCACGGACGUCCUGCUCAAAGUUCUGGAUGUAGAACACAAGAACAGCUGGGAGUCAUUCUUCGAAGCAGCCAGCUUCAUGAGCCAGAUUUCCCAUAAGCACCUGCUGCUGGUGUACGGAGUCAGCGUCCAUAAAUCAAAAAACAUCAUGGUUCAGGAGUUUGUGAAAUACGGGGCUCUGGAUCUUUACCUGAAGCGGUCGAGUGUUUCACUUAGUUGGAAACUGGACGUGGCCAAGCAGCUCGCCUGCAUACUCAACUUCCUGGAGGAGAAGAACAUUGUUCAUGGGAACAUCUGUGCAAAAAACCUGCUUCUGGCACGAGAGGGCGAUCCGAACUCGGAAAACUCGCCUUUCAUUAAACUCAGUGAUCCGGGCAUCAGUGUGGCCAUGCUGGGCAAAGAAGUGGUUUUAGACAGGAUCCCAUGGGUGGCCCCAGAGGUGUUGGAGAAGCUGGAGUUGUCACCGCAGUGUGAUAAGUGGAGCUUUGGCACGACACUGUGGGAGAUUUUUAAUGGAGGAGAAACUCCUCUGCAGUGUCUCGACCCCAGUCAGAAGCAGUGGUUUUAUGAUCGACGCUCACAGCUGCCAUGUUUGGAGUGGGCCGAGCUGGCGGAUCUCAUCUCUCAGUGUAUGCAGUAUCAGGCCGAGCUGAGACCGUCCUCUCGCAGCGUCAUACGCCACCUUAAUGGCCUCAUUACUCCUGAUUAUGAGGUUCUGCACGCCAGCGGCUCUGUGCGAAAGAGAGACAGCUUCUGGAGAGCUCUGAGCCAGCAGGUGUAUGAGGAGAGACACCUCAAGUUCAUUUCUUCUCUUGGGAAGGGUAACUUUGGCAGGGUGGAUCUGUGUCGGUACGACCCACUGGGUGAUAAUACAGGGGAGCUGGUGGCUGUGAAGCAGCUGCAGUCCAACAAACAGUCCAACAUGGCCGACUUCCAGAAAGAGAUUCAGACCAUCAGCUCACUGCACUGUGACUACAUCGUCAAAUACAGAGGAAUCUGCUACAGUGCAGGACGUUUGAGUAUGAGGUUAGUGAUGGAGUUCCUGCCCUUUGGCAGUCUGAUCAGCUACAUGGAGAAAAACAAACACAUCAUCACCACACGGAGAAUGCUGCUGUUCACCUCGCAGAUCUGUAAGGGAAUGGAGUACCUGCAGAACCUGCGUUAUGUGCAUCGUGAUCUGGCAGCGAGGAACAUCCUGGUGUCGAGUGACACACUGGUGAAGAUUGCAGAUUUUGGCCUCACUAAGAUCGUCCCUCUGGAUAAAGAGUAUUAUCGAGUCUCACAGUCUGGAGAGAGUCCCAUCUUCUGGUACGCACCAGAAUCAUUAUCAGAGUAUAAAUUUUCCCACAAAUCAGAUGUGUGGAGUUUUGGCGUUCUUCUACACGAGCUGUUCUCCUACUGUGAGCUGAGCAGGAACCCGAAGCGGCUGUCACUACAUCGGAUCGGAGGUGACGUCCAAGGCACUAUGAUGGCUGUUCACCUCUACAACGUCCUGAAGGACAACUGGAGGCUCCCAGCGCCUGCCAUGUGUCCACCAAAAGUGUACAGCAUGAUGAUGCAGUGCUGGGCGUUCAACAGCGAGGACAGACCCACCUUCUCCUACCUACAGGACCUGAUUGAGAGCAGCCUCCAGGACGAGCGAGAAGGAGCUAAAGGAUAAAACAUCUCACAAAGAAUUUCCUGAGUACAUAAACUUUGUGGAAUUUUAUGAGUCACCCGCUUGUUGGUCAAAUCACAGACAAUUACUCGCUCAUUACUUCUUUAUUUCUGUCUUCUCAAUAAUCACACACAGGACCUCAAAGGGUUUUUUUUUUUCUUACUUUUUGGGUUUAGCUGUUUCAUAAGCAGAUGUUUUACUAUUCUUCCUCUUAGUAGUAGUAUUAUUUCUAGUAGUAGUAUGUACACCCUGAACUAUUAAAUUAAUCACUUGAAUUAAGUAUGAAUGUAAGCAGAAAGGGAAUCAAUAAUCGAUAAACACUGCUGCGCGUCAGUUCUCUGAAAUCACCUGCAAACUCGAGGACUUUAAAAUUGAACUUUAAUUACAGAAGACCAUGUCUGGAAAUACUUCAAUCGUAAUCUUUCUUUUUUUAAUUAAAGUUAAGACUUUAUGUAAUAAAAAGCUACACUCUUAUUAUGGUAUUUAACAAUUAAUCACUGAAGUCGAGGUCGAGGUUAUUAUUCACUGAUAUUCACCGAGCCUGAGGUGGAUAAAUGUUUUAGUAUAAAUACACAGGUGAUUAGUUCAAAAAUAAAUCAUAUUAAAAAUAAUUUAAAUCUUCACGUAAGCGUAAUAACUCUGCGGCGCAGACUUGUGUCACUGAUCUACGCCGAGUCACAUAAAAUCCUUUGUGUUGAAAUUGAUAAAAUGAAUCCCAGUCCCACCUUCCCUUUGAAUAGUUUUAGACCAAACCUCAGAGCAUCUUUAGUGCUUUUAGGAACAGCAUUUUCUUUCAUCAUCUGUAAUUCUUCCUCACUUACGGUGAUGAAGUGACUGGACGCCAUUUUGCCGAGUCACUCGAGGUGAUUAUCGAGGAAUAGUCUGAAUCUCUCAACCAAUCAGAGCGCAUGAUUUCCUACAAUCACCUGUGUGUUUAUACUAACACACCAUAUUAUUAUGUUAUGUUUUAUUGUAUGUCAUAUACCAAAGAAAAUAACAAUAUUAUCUUUAAUGCUGCAGUUUUAUACCUUACUUUUGUGAUAGAGACAAAAAUAGGACACUUGUUGUUGUCAUUGUUGUUAUUUUUCUUUAAAUAAUCACAUCAGUUUUUAAAAAAUAUUUUUUCCUAAAUAAAAAAAUAUGAUGUGUUGAA